AUGCAGACAAUAAAGUGUGUUGUUGUUGGGGAUGGUGCAGUUGGUAAAACAUGCUUGUUGAUUUCCUACACAACUAACAAAUUUCCUUCAGAAUAUGUCCCUACGGUAUUCGAUAAUUAUGCAGUCACUGUUAUGAUUGGCGGGGAGCCAUACACUUUGGGUUUGUUUGACACUGCAGGACAGGAAGAUUAUGACAGGCUCCGCCCACUGAGCUAUCCACAGACAGAUGUCUUCUUAGUUUGCUUUUCUGUUGUUUCUCCGUCUUCAUUCGAAAACGUCAAAGAAAAGUGGGUGCCAGAGAUUACGCACCACUGCCAAAGAACUCCAUUCCUCCUGGUGGGCACACAGAUAGAUUUGAGAGAUGAUGCCACCACUGUGGAGAAACUGGCCAAAAACAAACAGAAGCCCAUCCUGGCAGAUCACGGAGAGAAGUUAGCCAGGGAGCUCAAGGCGGUCAAAUAUGUGGAGUGUUCGGCUCUUACCCAGAAAGGACUGAAGAAUGUUUUUGACGAAGCCAUUUUGGCAGCCCUGGAGCCUCCAGAACCACCAAAGAAAAAGAAGUGCCUUAUUUUAUAA